AUGUCGCUCAAGGGCUACCACGAAGCCUCACUGCAUCCGCCGGCCGCGUACGAUGCGGCGGCGGCGGCGGCGGCGACGGCGGCGGCCGAGUGGGACUGGGGGGAAGCCCUCCUCGAUAGAUCCGCCUACAUGGUCGACAAGAAAGACCACAAGAAAAACCAUACCUCCGCCUGCCAUCGAUUCCGGAGGAGCCUGCACGACUGGGAGGUGGAGGUGGAGGUGGAGGUGGAGAUGCAGGUCAGCCUGUUCAUGGCGCCGCCGCCUCGCGUCUCCUACUUCUGCUGCUCCGCCAGCUGCACCGACGACGGCGACGACCACGGGGAACAGGAAGGCGCCCCCCGCCUGUUCGUCCGCGAGCCUUGGAUGAUCGCCACGGAGGGUGACCUUGCCCUCUUCACUCUCUGCCACGGCCACAACCGUGCCUUCUACAGCGAAAGCAGCAACUACGACUACUUCCUCUACCAGGCAGCAGCCUCGCUGGCGGGGUCGCCGGAGCUCACCCGGCUCCCGCGACCCCAACCCGACAUGCUGCCAGCUUUCGGAAAUCGCUGCUUCCCUACCGGCAGUAUCGGUGUCGUGCGUUACCGCAGCAACAUCCCCGAGGAUGAUGAUGCCUACAGGAUCGCGGCGCUCGCCUACGACUACUUCGACCCCAGCCAUUCCGGAUACUACCUCUGCACCUACGACUCCAAGGAUCCUCGGUGGAGACGCACGCCCGCUGCCUCUCCACACCCACCACCGCCUGACGACUUUCUGUCCAGCAAGGUCAUCAUCACCAUCCGCCGCUCCGGCUCCUGCUCCGGCUCCGGCUCCCCCCGUGGCAUCAUGGGCUGGGUCGACCUCUGGAGUGGCAUGCUCCUCUGCGACGUGCUCGCUGCCACCGAUGACACCCUCUGCACCCCGCUCCCGCUCCACUAUCUCACCCUUCCAGAGCCGAGGCAGCUGCGAACUGAGCUCCCUCUUGCCACAGACAUUGGAUACCACUUUCGGGACAUCGCCCUAGCCAAUGACUCCGGCAUCAUCAGGUUCGUCGACCUUCAGGUCCACGCCGAACCCAGCCCGCGCUCACAAACUCCUAGUGGCUGGACGCUGGUCACGUGGACCUUGGAGGGGCUCAAUGGCGGUCUGGACGCCCUGUUUUUCCGGCAGGAGCACGAGAUCCAUUCCCGAGAUAUCUACGGCUACAACCUGCCCCGAGCAAUGCUAGACGUACAGGAAGUUACAGGGGGUUUACGGGGCUGUUGGGGUGUGAUUGGCAGAGAUCUAAUUAGAAGGGCAGGCCCACCAGUGAAAAUCAGGGGGGCGCCAGUUAGAUGAAGCCACGUUCUCUCCCUGUAAAGUUUUGUAUCAAUCACCCUGUAUGUCUAGUAUUAUUGACCUGCCCCAGUCUCUCUUUGUGUCCAACCCCAUCCUCAGCUCCCACAGAGAUGGCGUCCUCUACCUCUUACCAAUGCCAGCAGCGAAAACACCAACACCAGGAUGUCGAAGGUGAUUGCUCUUGACCUCAACCAGAAGACGCUGCUGGACGUGCAGGACUUCGACAUGCAAAGACCCAGCCCCUACAUGGCCACCACCAUCUCCAGCUAUCUCAUGCCAGCUGCUGCAGUUUCAAAGGAGAAGGAGAAUAUGAAACGGCGUGCGCCAAUGUCUAUGGGAUCGGCUCGCAAGAAGCAGCCUGCCAUCGCUAACCCAGCAGCGGUAGGAGGAAAGGGGAGUAUUUAACCAAAAACUACCACAUUUGCCAGAAACGUGACAGAAAACUACCACUCUACGUUUUUGUACGAAAAACUACCAAAUUUUUCCUAAGCCGUGGCAAAAAACUACCAACUCGUGUAAUCGCUCGCUUCGCCCGCGCUAACCCCUAUUCUGACCGGUUGGGCCCGCCAACAGUUGCCACGCGGGCUAACUGACGCCCGGCGCGCGCGGACGGCCGUUAACGGCCCGUCCCCUGUCGGAACGGCCGCUGUCGGUCGGGUCAAUAAGUGAGAGCGAGCGAGCUCAG